CGAAGCUUGCCUGGAUGCAUGAAAGAAAAAAAGAAAAAAAGAAAGAAAAAAAGGACGGGGUCGAUCGAGGCUCGAGACAUCCCUCCCACUUGAUCCCCUCCUUCCCCUCAGCCCAUCACGCCCGCCGGCUUUUAGGCUUCUCCUUAGUUUUGACGGGUGAAUGAAGCGCGCGAUCGGCAACCUUGCGGUCCAGAUGGCGCAGGCAACGGGUCUCGAUGGCGUCUUUGCCAUAAACAAGCCAAUGGGCAUGUCGUCGGCCCAGGUCAUCCGCGACUGCCAGUCCUACUUCAACCCCUCGCGCCUGUUCAAGCCCGCGCUCGAGCGGGAGGAGGAGGAGCGGCGGGCGCAGGCGGCUAGGGACCGCAAGCGCCGCAGCAAGGCCAAGCAGAAGGUGCAGGUCAAGAUGGGCCACGGCGGCACGCUGGACCCGCUGGCCACGGGCGUGCUGAUCCUGGGCGUCGGCCGCGGCACCAAGUCGCUGCAGAACUUCCUCGAGUGCACAAAGACGUACGAGACGGUGGUGCUGUUCGGCGCCUCUACCGAUACAUACGACCGCGUCGGCCGCAUCCUGCAGCGCCGCUCCUACGAUGAUGUCACGCGCGACAAGGUUGAGGCCGCCCUUGGCUCGUUCCGCGGCCGCUACCGCCAGAUGCCGCCGCUGUACAGCGCCCUCAAGAUGAACGGAAAGCCCCUGUACGAGUACGCCCGCGAGGGCAAGCCCAUCCCGCGAGAGAUCGAGACGCGCGAGGUGGAGGUGACGGAUCUGGAGCUGGUCGAGUGGUACGAGCCGGGAUCGCACCCGCACCGCUGGCCCGCCGAGGAGGCCGGCAUCGCCGAGAAGAGCCUCGCCGAGCGCGUAUGGUCGGCCGAGCAGGAGCAGACUACGGGCAAGAAACUCACGCCGGAGCAGGAGCAGGAGGAAGACCGCGCCUUUGCCGCACACCAGUCGUUCAAGGAAAAGGCCGAGGAGCGGCAGGACAAGCUCAUCUUUGACAAGCAGACGGGCCGGAAACGCAAGGCCGACGGCUCCGACCAGCCGCUCAGCAAGAAGCAGAUGAAGCGGGAGCAGAGGGCGGCGCAGCGGGGCGCCGGCCACCAGAGACCCGAGCCCAUGAUGUCGGGCGCCCUCGGAGAGCUGCCGCCGGGCGGGCCGCCCAAGGGGCGUGGGUCGGACCUGGUCCCGAAGGCGCCCGCGGCCGACGCGCCGCCGCCAUGGUCUGACAAGGGCCCGCCGGCCUGUAGGGUGCGCAUGACCGUCACCUCGGGCUUCUACGUCCGCAGCUUCUGCCACGAGCUUGGCGAGAAGGUCGGCUCGGCCGCCAUGAUGGCUGAGCUGGAGCGCUCGCGGCAGGGCGACUACGUCCUCGGCAAGGACAACUGCAUAGAGUAUGACGUCUUGGCCAAGGGGGAGCCCGUCUGGGGGCCCCACGUCGAAAGGAUCCUGCACACAUGGUCCUCGACGCACCUGCCCAACGUGGGCGCGCUCAAGAGCAUUUACGGCGACGCCGAGGCGGUCAAAUCCGAAAUGGCAAACCCAACAGCAGAAGCCGAGGCAGCGAAGGAGCCCAAGAAUGGUGUGACUUGUGACGAUGAGGAGUGGACCGGGAUUUCCGACGCAGCCGCUCCUGCCGAGACCAAGGCUGAAGAGAAGGCAGCCCCAUGAUCCGAAAAGGAUUCGCCCGAAAGAGAUGAAGGAGUUUGUGGAGGCCGUCACUCGAAAAAAGGCAUGGGAGGGGGUUGCGGGCUGCUUACUCCGCUAGCCAUGGACGCCGUUCAGGGUCCGGCGAUCCCCCACCAGCUUUUGACAGAUGUCUCGGCAGCUCACGGUUUGAAGAUAGCAUAGCGCCGGCGUUUAUUCAUGCAGUUUUAUUUUUGUUCUUUUGUUUUGUGUCUUUGCCCUCUCGCGGUAUCUACGUCCCAAGUCUCCCUUGACAUGUGUUUGCCUGUUUGAUAAGUAGAUAUUAUAGCCCACAAUUAGAGUUUAUGUAGACACAAUUCCCUGCCGCCCUUGUGCGCCUGCCGA